GCCGGUUUAAAAGUGGCAUGCCAAGCCGCUUGUUUUCGGCAUCACAAGACGAUGGUGCGCCCAGCCUUGGUUGCCGGCCUCGCGGCCCUCGAGACGACCAAGUCGAGCGACGCGCUCCUCCAGGCCUUCUACGCCGACUGCAACGGCGACGACGAUACGAUGGGCGAGUGGGUCGAGUGGCUCGAGACGCUCUCGACAGCGCAGCUCGUCGCGCUCUGCAGCAGCCUCCCGGCCGCGACCACCGUGGACCUCUGGACGAUCGCGUCGUUCACGUCGCUGCUGUACGAGCACCGCGAAGCGUGCAAGCUUGCGACGCGCGUGCUGGACCGGCUCGCAAUCGUCAUCGCCGACCUCCACGACCAGCUGCUCCAGACGACCUGCGCCGACACGCAGGACGUGAUCGCCAAGCUCUGCGAAGCGUACUGGGCGUCGAGCCCGUCGGGCGCCGAGCGCGUCAUCACGCAGCUCCUGCCGUACCUUCUCGUCCGCGCGCUCGAGAGCGAAGCGGACCAGAGCGUUGGCUUUAUCAAGCGCCUCAGCGCCGUGCAGGACGCACUGCAGCUUCUCGACUUUGACGACGACAGCUCUCGGCUCUUGAAGGACCUCUUGCUGCGCUGCUUUGUCACGACGUCGUUCCUCAAGUCGUCCGAAGGCAUUGCGUUCCUCAGCGACCUCUUUCAGAUCGACGCGAGCUUCGUACAUGAGAUCCACGAGACGAUCCGCAACCAGCUGCCCGACCAACGCAAGGCCGUCGUCCAGCGCUUUGGCCUAGUCUACUACCAUGCCUGGCUCACGGCGGCCGCGCAGCCGGCGUCGCCGGUCCUCGUGCACAUUGAGGACGACUGCAUCCAGGCUUUUCUCCAAGCAGCGACAUUUGCCGCGUCAACGAGCCAUUUCAACGCGCUCCGCGCACUCCUCCAGCCUUUUUUCGAACACAAACGCCACACGGACGACAUGCUCUACCGGCUCUCCGAGCCCAUCUUGUGGCGGGCCCUCCACGCCGCGAAUGACGUGGUGCGCCACCAUGCAGCCGUGCUCUUAUUCGACGGAUUCCCGUACCAAGACCCGAAUUUCCUCAAAGUCGAGUUGGACGCGUGUCUCCAGCGGCAGUUUGACGCGUUCGCCAUGCUGCUUGAAGACGCGGCGCCCAGCGUCCGCAUCGUCGCCAUCCACGGCAUCUGCAAGGUGCUAUCCAUGUACUGGGAACUGCUGCCGGUCGACACGAUCCGCAAGUGUCUGCUCAAAUGCUUCGAGCUCGCCCACGACGUGACGUCGCCCUCUGUCCGCGUCGCUGUCUUUGAUGGUCUCCUUGUCGUGCUUGAGAACCAUCUCAGUCACCAUGUGCUCAAGCCCUUGUUGCCUAAGCUGGCGCCGUUGAUGCACGACACGAACGAGAAGGUGCGCGCCGCCAUGGCCCGGCUCCUCGUCCGCGUCAAGAGCAUUCGCGGCCUGCACUUUUACGACGUCGUGUCGCUCGAGCACUGCUUCAAGCGCUUGGAACUCGACAAGGCCCGGACCGCGGUUGCCAAGCCGCUCACGGAGCUCUUUCUCAACUCGUACUUUCCGCAAGGCGUGCCCGGGUCGUCCCAAGUCGCGCGGGCUCUCUCGUUAAUCGAGAAGCACCCGCACGCGAGCUUGGUGUUUUACAAAAACGUGCAUCAUUUCGCGUCGAUUGGGUCCGUGUGCAAGCUCGUCGUGCUCCUCUUCAAGUGCUUGGGCGAAGCGUCGAUGGCCGAGCUCGCGCCGCUGCUCUGCGACGUCAUGAAGACGCUGCUGGAGAGCGUCGCGGGUCCGCUUUAUCACGAUCCUCGGUACAGCGAAUGUGUCACGUUUCUCACGACCGAGAUCAAAUCGGCCGACAUCGCGGCCGUGUUUGAGGCCAACGACAAGAGAGUGACCGCACGCCUAUGGCACGUGAUUGCGCUGCUACCGACGACGCUGCAAAGCGAUUUGAUUUACCAUGCACUGACGCAGCUCGAAGGGCUCACGGAAACGUCAUCGCGCACAUAUUUGGCGGGCAUCCUCCACAGUCUGCAGCACUGGGGACAGCUACCGACCUUUCUCGACACGCUGGUCGAAUCCAUGCAGUCUCAGGCCGAGAUCAUGGACCCGGUCCUCGUGCUCGCGUGCUUGGACGUGAUUUUCUGCAGCGACGCGACGCUUGGCGAGUGGGUUCUCGACGCGAGUCUCGUCCAGAUCGUGCAGCAGCUCACGCAAACGCUCGAGCGGCUCUGGGAGAGCUUUGAAGCGCCGGUGCUGCCGCGGCUGUGUCGCGUCCUCGUCGCGGUGCGGCUCCAGCUCGCGGUGCCCAACGCCAAGGACCUCGUCGCCGAGUACAAGAAGACGGCGCCGCUUGGCGACGGCGCGGUCGUGUUUCCGUUCCUGGACGUUGACCCGCCGCGCGUGUUGCUUACGAUCUUUGAGCAUGCGCUGCCCAGUGGCCAUGGCAAGCGCAAGCGGCUCGCGGGCGACGACCAGCUCGUGACGCAGCUCUUGCCGCUGGUGCUGGAUCUGAGCUGGAUGUGUGUGUCGCAGCUCUUUCUGCCGUCGGCCAAAGCGUUUCUGGACAAAGUGACGACGCUCGCGUUGCGGCAUACGGCGCUGGCGACCCAGCUGCUCCAUGUGCUCUGGACAAGCCACUGCGUGGCUCGGGAUACGGAGAGCGUGGCGUGGAUCGAAGAGGCGACGACGACACUGCUACCGGUCGUCCUCCACGCGUCCGAAGCGCUCUGGCUCCUCGAGCGCGUCCAUCGCUCGUCGGGCCACCGUCGACGAGCGUUUUGGCCGCUCGUGGUGCAGGCCAUGGACGAGAGCGCGCGCGAUGUGCUCCGCACGCACUGGCCGUCGAGUCGUGACGGCGUGUGGAAGCCGCUGCUGGAUGCGGCGAUCGAGGCCGCGGCGCUCGACGAGGAUGUCGACGCUCUCGCGACCCUUCUGCAGACCGUGCCGGCCAUGUCGGAGCUCGCGUCGUUAUGGCUGGCGCGGCAGUCGACCGCGCACCUCGACUUGCUGCCCGAUGCGGUGCGCGGGCUCUUGCAGCGUGCAUGCUAGAAAAGAAUACAAGAAUUUCAAAGUG